AAAAUAUUCAAAACCGGAAGCCGCGAAAAUUGACAAAAAUAUUUUGCAAAGUUCGUUUUUAUAACUGAUAUAACUAGUUAUUUCGAAGAAGGAAAGGGACCAUGAACAUGUCAACGAUGAAUGAGUCUCAGGCUGUCGAACCAAGAAGUUUUGAGCAAACAAAGGACAUUCUGUCUGAGAUUGUCAACGUUUUAGACCAGGAGAAGCUUGAUGUACAGACGUUGCAAGAAACUGGCAAGUUAUGUGGAGAGCUAUUGGCCACUCAGAAACAGAUUGAGGAUAUCAUUAAAGAAGAUAUAAGAGCUUUAUGCCAGUGUAAGGAAGAAAGAGAAGCUGAAAUAAAAACCAGUGAGGAAAAUGAAAAGCUUGAAAGGGAGGAAGAGAAACUAAAGGAAGAGCUUAAACAGUCUAAAGAACACAUAGAAAACGUUUCAAAACAAGCUGAUCAGUUAAAAGCACAAGUUAAUGCUAGUAAAGAAGAGAAAGAUAGAUUGACCGAGGAAAGACGAAGAAUCAAAAAGAAAACAACGGAGACAUUACCCUCCGUCAGGCACACUGUGAGUCUGUUCCACAAUGUGACAAAGAUCAGUUGGCAAUAUGAUACACAACCCCAGGAGGUUAAAGGAUUUAUUACCAACAAGAGUGAAGUAAAACCAUUCUCAUUAAGCAACAAAGAGAACUCUAAGUUCUUCAUAGCCAACUACCUAUGGGACCAGAUGGAGGUGGACUGGUGAUACUGGGACCAAAAUCACUGAGAGAAAAUAAUUCACAUAUGAAAAAUUCCAGGAUCUGUAUAUAAUAGCUUUGUGAAGAUGUAUGUAACGCAGUGCUGUGUAAUGAUAGAGGACAUAGUAUAUAAGAAUCAUGGGAAAUUGAAACCAAAAAUAUUAUACAUUUAUUUGUUUAGCCUGAAAUUAACCCUUUAAAGACUGAGACAUCUAAAGGGAAAACCUUUCCAAAAAUAUCCUGCGUAAGAUUUGUAUAUUUUAUAUUUACAUGUAUACCACACCUAAUGUUUAUCAUAUGAUGUGAUAAUAAAAACCA